AUGAAGCACAAAGGUAGACAGUCUGCUAACAAGGCGGAAGAGGUGCCGGAAAGCGAUGCGGAAAACGCCGGCGAGCAGAACGGCAACGACGUAGAACCGGAGGAGAUAAAGAAGCGGGCUUCUAAAGGUAAACAAUCUAAAACUUUUGAGCGCGAUUCCGGCGACGAAAGGAGCGACGAAGAGGGGUCCGAAGUCGAUACGAAGAAGAAAAAGGCGAGCAAACGGGCCGCAGCCAAGAAAGCCGCAGAAGAUAGCGACAAUAACGACGAAAAAUCGGAGGAGGAGGAGUCCGAGCCGGAAACUAAGAAGAAGAGGGCCAGCAAGGCGAGCAAAAGGGCAUCGCCCAAAAAAGCCGCCGUAGAUAACGACCAUAACGACGAAACCUCCGACCAGGAGGAGUCCGAGCCGGAAACCAAGAAGAGAUCCAGCAAGGUGAACAAAAGAACCCCGGCAAAAAAGGCUGUUGAAGAAAGCGACGGAAAAUCCGACGAGGAGUCUGAGCCGGAAACCAAGAAGAGAUCCAGCAAGGUGAACAAAAGAACCCCGGCAAAAAAGGCUGUUGAAGAAAGCGACAAUGACGCCGAAAAAUCCGACGAGGAAGGGUCUGAACCGGAAACUAAGAAGAAAAAGGCCAUCAGAGCCAGCAAAAAGGUGGCUGCUAAAAAGGCUGAUAAACAAAAGGACAAUGAGGAUCAGAAUGACGAGGGCGAAGAGGACGGGGAAGAUUAUGAGGUUGAGAAAGUGCUGGACAUGAAAUACAUCAAAGGUGUGAAACAUUUUCUCAUCAGAUGGAAGGGCUACGAGCCUGAAAGCGACACUUGGGAGCCUCACAACACUUUGGAGUGCUCCGAACUUAUUUCUGAGUUCCUGAAGAAGAAAAAACCAUCCAAAGAAGAGGGAAAGAAGAAGAAACCAAAAAAAACUACCUCAUCCCUAUCGGAGGAAGCUUGGAACGAAAAUGAGGACUUUGAAGUCAUCAAAAUCCUGGAUGUGCAUUUUAACAAAAAUGGCAGCAGGGAGUUCUUGGUGGUUUGGAAGGGAUAUCCCUCCUCUGAAAGCACCUGGGAGCCAGAGAAGAACAUGGACUGCAAGGAAAUGAUUGAGAGGUUCAUGUCAAAGGUCGAAAAGGCACAAGAAUCCACCCAAAAAGAGUUGAGGAUUCAUAGAAAACAAACUGAUAGAUUUACUUUGAACACAAAGGAUACAGGCAGAAGACUCAGUAAACGGGGACAAGGACAACAAAGAGUCCAUUAUUUUGAUGCUGAAUAA